CCUCAGUCAUGUAUCAUACUGUGAAACCAAUGUUGCCGUGUUAAUAUUGUUCAGAUGGUAAAAGAAUCCGGUAUCCUAUACUUCCGGAUGGCUGAAUGAUGUACAUCCGGCCGACUGUGAGAUCGGUGGCGUCGGAUUAGUUUCCAGCAGCUUGACAAACCCACCACGCCUAUCCACCGAAUUGAAUGGAGAAACGGAUCUACAUACGGGCCGCAGAGAUCUAAGAAGCAUGAUCAUCUCAAUGCAGAAUGGCAAGCAUCCUACUGUGAUGUUAAAUGACGGAGCAAGCGCACUUCCCAUCUCAACCUCAGACUUGGUUCCAUUCUCACCUAACUUUGGAAGGUCAAUACAUUUUGGUACUCUUGCAAAAUCUUGAAACGGCCAUUUGGGCCAUUCUCGCUUUCACAACUUUCGUCUUGAUUUCUCAGGUACACUACAGAGCCCAAUUAGCCAAACUUCCUAGCUUUGAUAUUGACGGAGGCAACGAGAUAUGGAGGAGGGCUUACUUGGAAUCCGCACGCAAGCUCUAUCAAGAGGGAUAUAAAAAGUUCAAAGACCAAGCUUGCGUCAUGCCAACUUCAGAUGUUUUCCCCACCGCAAUUAACAAGGUACUGGAGGUUAAAUACACCAAAGUUGCUCCCAAUGAGCCACUCGUACCUUACUGUAUCAAGGCUGACUUGAAUCCUGCUUUAUCCCGGCUGAACCCCAUCAUCUAUCGGGAGGUUGGAAAUACUCUUAAGGACGAAAUUCCAGGAUGCGAAGAUUGGACACCGGUAUUAAUUUAUCAGGAACUUGUGAAUACCGUGGCGAAAGUGUCAGGGAGAAUCUUCGUCGGCGCGGGGCUUUUUCUCAACAAAGAUUAUCUCGAUACGGCGAUCAAUUACACUAUAGAACUGGGCAAUGCAGUACAGGUCGUCAAGGAAAUGAAGCCCUGGCUCCGUCCUUGCCUGGCGUGGAGGCCUUCAGAGGUCCAACAACUUAAUCAGCGCGAGGAGCUGGCAGUUCACUCAAUAAGAUGUCUCGUGAGAAUGCAGCUUCUGGUGAUAUUCGCCGGCAUCCAUAGCGCGACCGUGACUGCUACCAAUGUCCUAUAUAAUCUGGCAGUCUCUCCCGGGUACAUGCAGCCCCCGCGCGAAGAGAUACGCACGGCAAUAUCAGACAAUGAUGGGACGCUCACUUCACGUGCACUGCAGCAGAUGGAAAAGCUCGACUCGUUCAUGAAGGAGACAAUCCGUUUCUACCCACCUGAACUCACUCCUUUCUCCCGUCAAACGGUCCAAGGCACUACCCUUUCUAGCGGCCAGUACAUCCCGCCAGGCACCUCCAUCGAAACACCGCUACAGGCCAUAUAUCAAGCUGAUAACAACUAUCCCGACAGCGAUACCUUCGACGGCUUUCGAUUCUACAAGAUCCGGCAGGGAGAGGCGCAACUCUCCAUGCUCGCAAUCAAUUUACAUGCGUGUCCAGGAAGAUUCCUAGCCGCUGCGGAGAUCGAGAUGAUUCUUUCGCGAAUACUGUUAGACUACUAUUUCAAAAAUGCGGACAAUCGGACGGAGAGGUAUCCGAAUUACGACGUUGGUCGACUGGUAAGCUCUCCCAGCUCCCCCCCUAUGCAGGAAAACGAAGGCAUAAGACAACCGUCCGUGGAUGCAGGCAGUCAGUAUGCGGGAACAACGACGUUUUGGUCAUGGUUUGACCCACUUUCCAAGGAUUCUUCAGGGCAUCUUGUGGAUUGCGAAACCAACCGUUGA